AUGCAGCAGUGGCAGGUCGGCCCAGUGCCGGAGUACAUGUACCAGGCCAAUACCAAUGCCCCCCAACAUGCAAAUGACUUGCAUGCCGCUCACCCAUAUCAGCAGAACGAUAUGCAGCGUCGUCCUGACUUCACCAGCUAUGCCCAACCCAACCCUGCUGCGCAGCAUCCAUCACACGGGUCUCACCAACAGCACCCUCAGCAGCAUCAGCAGCACCAGCAGCACCAGCAGCAUCAGCAUCCUCAGCAGCAACACACGCAGCAUGCUCCUAUCCAUCAUGCUUCCCACUCUCAGCAUAGUCAACAUGCGCAGCACCACCCAUCCCAGCCUCAGCAACACACGCCAGUGCAGGCGCCUAUGACCAUCCCCCAAUCUAGCGCUGCUCCUGCACAGCAGCAGCCCACGCCCACGCCGGCGCCUGCUCAGGCGCCUCGCGGAGGUCGCAAGAGAACCCAUCAACAGUCACAGCAACAACAUCAGCAAGCCCAACAGCAGCACCAGCAAGUUUCGCAGCAGCACCAGCCGCAGCCGCACCAACCCCAUCAGCAGCCUACGCCGCAGCAGCACCAUCAACACUUGCAUCAGCAGCAGGCUCAUCCAGUCCAAGUCCAGCAGGGACACCAGCAAUCGACACCGCAGCAGCCCCAGCACACUCACGUUCCUGCACCUGCCCCAGCAUCUCAGGCGCAGCAGACGCCAGUUCCUGCAGCAGCACCCGCCCCAAGUGCUCCGGUAGCCACUACUCCCGUACCACCUCCCGUACCGGCUGCUGCUCCGCCUGCACAGCAGGCAUCUGCCGUUCCUGCUGCCCCUACACCGGCACAGGAGGCAAAUGCCACCCCUGCUCCGCCACCUGCGAAGAAGAGCAGAACGAACACGCCAUGGACCCCUGCAGAAGAACUGCGGCUCAAGCAGAUGCGUGAUGCUGGCAACAGUUGGGCAGAAAUCGCGAAGACGUUCCCAUCAAGAACCGAAGGAAGUGUGAAGAAGCAUUGGUACAAGGAUAUGCACUACGCCGAAUUUGCUGAAGAUGAGAGUCAAGCUCUUCUCACUGCUAUCAAGGACUAUGAGAAUAACAAGUGGAAGACCAUCGGGCAGAAGGUCGGCAAACCUGCUAAGGCUUGCGAGCAGUACGCUAAGGAACACUUCCCCGAUCUCUUCAACAGCACAAAGAGAGGUUAG